AAAUUAACACGCAGAAAAAAAAAAAAAAAAAAUAAUUUUUGUGUUUUGUGCCGCGACACGGAAGUGUAUCAAAAGCCAGCAAAAUUUACCACUAUAUCAGCUACAACAACAACGACAGAAGCAGCAGCAGCAGCAACAACGACAGCAACAGAAUGCUAUUCGAGAAUCCAGCCGUUGCGGCCAAGCUGCCUUUUCCAUAUAAUGUGCCGCCGCCUCUGCAAGCGGCGGCCGCCGCUGCCGCAGCUGUGCCAAAUUUAAGGUUUCAGACACCAAUAAAAGCGUUUGCCUGCCUGACAGCCACAAGCAAUCCGAUUGAUAAUGCUGCCGCUGCCGCAGCAGCCGCCGCAGCCGGCCUCAUCGAUCCGCAUCACAAUCGUGAUCUGCACAAUGCGCUGGUCGCCUCCAUAGCCAACAGCAAUGUGGCCGCCAUCAAUGGCACUCUGACCACGGCCGCGGUGCUGAAGAGCGCUGCCGCUGCCCAGGCGGCACAGGUGCAGCAGACACAGCAGCAGAGCGCUGCCGGCCAACAGGCGGGUCAGCAACAGCAACAGCAGUCGACGGCUGGACAGGAUCAGGCCAGUGCCCAGAGCAAUGGCAACCAGCAGCAGGCAGCUGCAGCUGCACAGCAACAACAACAACAGCAGCAGCAGCAACAACAACAGCAGCAGCAGCAGGCUCAGCAGGCCGCUCUGGCUCUGCUCAAGGUGGACAAUGUGAAUGCCGUCGCUGUACAGAAUGGCAGCGGCGCCAAUCUGAGCAUCAAGAGCAGCUCCUCGGGUCGCUCCACUCCCAGCAACAGUGGCGGCAGCCUCUCAGAUCCGGCUCCGGGCAAACUGUUUGUGGGCGGGCUCAGCUGGCAGACAUCGUCGGAGAAGCUCAAGGAGUAUUUCAAUAUGUUCGGCACCGUCACCGAUGUGCUCAUCAUGAAGGAUCCGGUCACUCAGCGCAGCCGCGGCUUUGGCUUCAUCACAUUCCAAGAACCGUGCACCGUGGACAAGGUGCUUAAGGUGCCCAUUCACACGCUCGAUGGCAAGAAGAUCGAUCCGAAGCAUGCCACGCCCAAGAAUCGUCCACGUCAAGCGAACAAGACCAAAAAGAUAUUCGUGGGUGGCGUCUCGCAGGACACCUCCGCCGACGAGGUGAAAGCCUAUUUCAGUCAAUUCGGUGCCGUCGAGGAGACGGUCAUGCUGAUGGAUCAGCAGACGAAACGCCAUCGCGGCUUUGGAUUUGUCACCUUCGAGAACGAGGACGUGGUGGAUCGCGUCUGCGAGAUUCAUUUCCAUACCAUCAAGAACAAGAAGGUCGAAUGCAAGAAGGCCCAACCCAAAGAGGCAGUUACACCCGCCGCCCAGCUGCUCCAGAAGCGCAUCAUGCUGGGCACUCUGGGCGUGCAGUUGCCCGCCGCACCUGGCCAAUUGUUGGGCGCACGCAGCGCCGCAGGCGUGGCCGCUGCCAUGAAUCCCUUGGCCAUGCUGCAGACACCCACACAGCUGCUGCAAUCGCCGGCCGCAGCAGCCGCCGCCCAGCAAGCGGCGCUCAUAUCGCAGAAUCCGUUUCAAGUACAAAACGCAGCCGCCGCUGCCACCAUGGCAGCCAAUCAGAGCAACUUUGGCAAGCUGCUAGCCACAUAUCCACAGACAGCGCUGCACAGCGUCAGAUAUGCUCCCUAUACCAUACCCGCCAGCGCCGCCACUGCCAACGCAGCAUUGAUGCAGGCCCACCAGGCCCAGAACGUGGCUGCUAUGUCCGCCCAUCAGCAGCAGCAGUCACACAAUGCAGCGCAUGCACAUGCCGCUGUCGCCGCCGCCGCCGGCCUGCAUCAGCAGCAUUCGCACCAUCACCAACAGCAGCAGCAGCAGCAGCAGCAACAACAACAGCAUCAUCACAAUGCCGCCGUUGCGGCAGCCGCCGCCGCCUCCAAUAAUGCUGCCACACAGGUCCAUUCGGCGGCUGCCGCCGCCGCCCUGGCUGCCAAUGCGGCUAAUGGAGCGGGUGCCAAUGCGCACUCCCUGGCUGCCGCCCAGCAGGCAGCGCUUGUCGCCGGCAAUCCGCUAAAUGCGGCUGCAGCAGCAGCUGCCGCGGCUGCCAAUCCGGCUGCCGCUUAUCCCAAUUAUGCGCUGGCCAAUGUGGACAUGUCCAGCUUCCAGGGGGUUGACUGGAGCAGCAUGUACGGCAUGGGCAUGUAUGUCUAAGCAGCCCCGCUCUAUCAACCUUUCUGUCUCUCUCGCUCUCUAUCUCUCUCUCUCUCUCUCUUUUCUCUGUCUAUCUAUAUCUAUAUAAU